GGCACUGCGGUUGUGGGCACGAUGUCCGAAGCCGGCUCCGGUCCCAGCCGCGACCUUAGUCCCAACCCCAGGCAGUUUUAUGUCUGAAGGGCCUUUGGGUUUUCUUAUCUGAAAGAUGGGACCAGUGAGCCCCUGCCUCGCUGGGUUACGGUGAAGAUUUAGAUGCUCGUAAAAUGGUUUGGCAUGAGAAGUAAUCGAAAGUGCCAACAUUUAACUCUGCAUCAGGCGCUGUGCGAAGUCCUUCAACUCACUGAGCCUUGACAGCAACCUUAUCAGGGAGCCCCAAGAGACUUCUGGCUUGAGGCAGGGAGUCGACAGCGCGCAGUCUGCAAUCUGUGUCUCAUCACCUCUUCAGAUCAGCCGAUCAGUCGAGGGCGAGGACCAGUAGGCAGCUCGCAAGAUGGGUGAAAGGAAAGGUGUAAACAAGUAUUACCCUCCGGAUUUCAAUCCCGAAAAGCAUGGCUCUCUCAACCGAUACCACAAUAGCCACCCGCUACGGGAGCGGGCUCGGAAGCUGUCCCAAGGCAUCCUCAUUAUCAGGUUUGAGAUGCCCUAUAACAUCUGGUGCGAUGGCUGCAAGAACCACAUCGGCAUGGGUGUUCGUUACAAUGCAGAAAAGAAGAAGGUUGGCAAUUAUUACACAACGCCCAUCUACAGGUUCCGGAUGAAAUGCCACCUGUGUGUCAACUACAUCGAGAUGCAGACGGACCCCGCCAACUGCGACUACGUGAUUGUGAGUGGCGCCCAGCGCAAAGAGGAGCGCUGGGACAUGGAGGACAACGAGCAGGUGCUGACGACAGAGCAUGAGAAGAAGCAGAAGCUGGAGACGGACGCCAUGUUUCGCCUGGAGCACGGCGAGGCCGACCGGAGCACGCUCAAGAAGGCCCUCCCCACCCUGAGCCACAUCCAGGAGGCCCAGAGCGCCUGGAAGGAUGACUUCGCUCUCAACAGCAUGCUGCGGAAAAGGUUCCGGGAGAAGAAAAAAGCCAUGCAGGAGGAGGAGGAGAGGGACCAGGCGUUGCAGGCUAAGGCGAGCCUGGCCAUCCCGCUGGUGCCCGAGACGGAGGACGACCGCAAGCUGGCCGCCCUGCUCAAGUUCCACACCCUGGACUCCUACGAGGACAAGCAGAAACUCAAGCGGACGGAGAUCAUCAGCCGCUCCUGGUUCUCCUCCACCCCGGGACCCCGCACCGGCAGCAGCAAAGCCGGCAGCGUCCUGAAGAAGCUGGCCCGGAACCGCAGAUGCGCACCCGUCGGCUCCCCCAUCACCGUAGAGGACCUGGGCAUCGUGCGGCGGCGGUCCCGAGAGGUCUUGGAGAACCUCCGGCUCGCCACGGAGACCCCCAAGCCUGGGGAGCCACGGGUGCCAGAGGGGAACACCCAGGACAGGCCCGCAUCCCCCCCAGACUGCUCUCCGGAGACAGCCGAGACCCCCAGGAGCAGGGGACCUCCGGGGCAGGCGGGGAAACGUCAGGACAGACCCCGGUCCCCACCAGGCCCCUCUCAGGAGGCAGCCGCCUCCCAGGACACACCACACCCGGGCACCCUCAGCUCCUCCCUGGUGGCCGAUUACUCCGACUCAGAGAGUUGCUAGAUGGGCCCAGGGGCUGACUCCCCCCGCACCCCACCACCCAGCUAAGCUUCGCAGGACCCUCACCAGCCAGCGUGAUGCUACGGCCACAGCCACGAUCCCCGCCCAGCAUGAGGGUUUCAGUGUGGUAGCUCAGGUUGGCCUGCAAUCAGAGUGGACUUCCCAGAGGAGGCAGUACAGUCUCAGUGCGAAAGGUGGAGGGGGGACCGGGCAGCAGGAACCGCACAGUUAGGACUGGGAACAUAGGAGGUGCCUGAAGCAGUCAAACCCGGAGCAUGCAAGUGUGGGGUUUUUGUUCUCCCCAGCCUGUAGGGGUGCCUUGGAAAGGUCACGAAAAGGCCCUCUCCCCUACCCCCUUCCCUGCCAUGGUGCAUCUUUUGGAGGGAACUGGUAAACCGAACAGGAAAUAGCUCAGAAACAGCAGGGCA